AUGCUCGGGCUUCCAGACUUAGAGGUGGAGAAAAUUAGCUCGAGCACUUACGGAUGGAAGCGCAUCCUUGUAGCCCUGAACGGCGAAUUUUCUGAGCCCCGGCAGCUCAAACUGCCACCCCAAACCACAUUUGCGACUUUUCUGGAGCGGAGCUCUGCAUUACACGAGUUAGCGGAGCCUGCGAAGCGAGCGUUUUCGGACAAUGGCGAGGAGAUAUUCGAUAUGGAACAAGUCCUGGAUGACGACCUCGUGUACAUUUCAACAGGCCCAGGAUUCAUCGUUGGGAAUUACGGCAGUACUGGCGGAGCUGUUGGAGGGUAUAUUUUGAAAGAGGUUAUAGGUAGCGGUGGAUUUGGCAAGGUCUACAAAGGUAUUCACCCAGAAACCGAAUUCGAACUUUCCACAGAUUCUGUACUGCCCAUGAACCAUGUGGGAUAG